AUGCAGCGGCGCAAGAAGCGGUCGCCUUCCGUGUGGGGCAAGUUGAUGGAUUUCCUCGACAUUCACAACCCGCGCGCGGUGCUCGAGAACUCCUUGCGCAACUUCGCCACGCUCACCGUGGGCGACAGCAUCGUCAUUAAUUACAACCAGAAAACCUACGAGAUCGAGGUCGUGGAGUGCAAGCCCACGAAUGCCAUCUCCAUCAUCGAGGCGGACGUGAACGUGGAUUUUGCGCCGCCGAAAGACUACCAGGAGCCAGAGCGCCAGGCACCGGCCAGCAGCAGUUCCUUCACCGCGAAGGUCGAGGAGAGCGAGGUGCCCGUGGCGCCGCCGCAGGAGACGGGCCCGAAGCUCUUCGGCGGCCAGGGCCAGCGCGUAGACGGCAAGGCGAUCAAGACGCCGCAGGCAUCCCCUGCGCUAGGCCCAUCGGCACCUCCAGUCGAGGAUCUGAAUGAGCUUAUGCCCUGGAAGAACAGGCUACACCGAGGCGUGAAGAUGGUUAGGGCGCCGCCCGGCAUAGAGGGCGGCCACAUGACUGGCCGGAAGGCUGGCGGGGCCAUCCCGACGUUGAUCGAGGACCACCCCCGCGACCGUUUGCGGCGCGCGGCUCCCGCUCCGUUUGCGCGGCGCGAGCACGGCUGCAGCGUCUGUCUGGAGGCCAUGAUGGGCAAUUGUGUAG